UUGCACAGGGUCGGCGUCGUCAUAUUUCGCCAAGGCUUCCGUGAGAGCGUGUGUAUAGUGUUUUCUUCGGUCUAAAGCUUCGAACCCGUUCACGAUGGUCAAGGAAACUGCUUUCUACGAUGUGCUCGGCGUCAAGCCUAACGCAACGCCUGAUGAGCUCAAAAAAGCAUACAAGAAAAUGGCUCUCAAAUAUCAUCCGGAUAAAAAUCCGAACGAAGGGGAGCGCUUCAAGCUCAUCGCACAAGCUUACGAGGUUCUCUCAGAUGAACGGAAGCGUCAAAUUUAUGAUCAAGGCGGCGAAGAGGCACUCAAGGAGGGUGGCGGAGCUGGCGGUGAAGGAUUCCAUAACCCACUUGACAUCUUCAAUUUGUUCUUCGGCUCUGCGUCCGGGUCACGCCGUUCCAACAAAGGCCGCGAUAAAGUGCAUACCCUUAGCGUGUCACUUGAGGAACUCUAUAAUGGAUCAGUACGCAAAUUGGCCUUGAAGAAAAAUGUCCUUUGUAGCGCUUGCUCGGGUCGCGGUGGUCGAAAUGUGACACAGUGUCGAACAUGUCGUGGACAAGGUCGGGUUCUACGAACACGUCACAUUGGUCCCGGUCUGAUCCAACAGACUCAAAAUGUUUGCGAAGACUGCCGGGGUCAAGGAGAGAAAUGUGCUCCGCAGGACCGUUGCACCACCUGCGAUGGUGCCAAAACUGUACAGGAGCGCAAGAUUCUCGAUGUGCACAUCGACAAAGGUAUGGAAGCGGGCCAAAAAGUAACGUUUGCCGGCGAAGGUGAUCAGGAGCCCGACCUUGAACCUGGUGAUAUUAUCUUUGUUAUCGACGAAAAGGACCACGAUCAUUUCCGACGUAAAAAUAACGACUUGUUUCUGAACCUAGAGAUCAAUUUAACAGAGGCACUAUGUGGGUUCCAAAAGCCAAUCAAAACGCUUGAUAACCGAACACUUGUUAUCACCCAGUUGCCGGGCGAUGUGAUCAAACAUGGCGAUGUUAAAUGCAUUAAUAACGAAGGUAUGCCAGUGUACCGAGAUCCGUUUGUUAAAGGUAAACUCAUCAUUCAAUUCCUCGUUAUCUUCCCGAAAAAAAUCAGUCCGAUAGUUGCCAGUAAACUAGAAGCUCUGCUGCCGAAGCGAGAGGAAGUGAUGAUCACUUCCGAUGCCGAGGAGGUCCACAUGGAGGAUGUCGACUUAGAGAGCGAGCGGCGUAACCGGAUGCGCGAAGACUACGAUGAAGAUGACGGGCAUCCGAGAAUGUUCGCAGGCGGGCCCCAGGGUCCAGGAGUUAGCUGCCAGGCGAGCUAAACAGUAGUAUCAACUUCAUGCAUUCAUUGUAAGCCAGCCCGUCUAAAUGUUGUACUUCGGAAAUUGGUGAGAUGUUAAUCCGAACUCGAUGUUGUUUUAAACAAGGGCCAUGAAGCUGGAUUGGCCAAGUAUCUAUCACAAGUAUUGAUAAACACUAAGCACGAGCAUCGUCGUAUCAUGUUUCGUCUUUAGACGGACACAAUGUUACAGAUAUUGUGAGAAUUGUCAUUUUUAUUAUUAACAACGAUGAUAAUAAUAAUAAUAACAAUAAUUAUUAUUGUUAUCAUUAAUGCAUUAUUAUAUGCAGCAAUAGCUCUAUUCGGAUAUAACAACUGUAACGGGAUGAUUGUGGUGAUUAAAUGGACCAUUCAUCUUCAAGGGUACCUUGAUAAUUCUGCACAAGGACUGUUCUAGGUCGCCCAACAAGCAAGUCGAAAGACUUUUCCGACUUACAAGAAAAGGUGGGCAAGCUGACAAUGGAGGUCGUUGUAAAUAAAGUCUAAUUUAUACCCAUUACAAUCGAUAGCUGGCACCCCAUUUAUAUUUGCGAUAGGUUGUGGGAUGCCGGUAUAAUGUCAUCAAUGUAAAUUGAUUGGCGCAGAAAAACUGCAACUGUAAUCUUUAUGGUGUGUUGACUAAGACGAAUACUCCCAUAGAAGAAAAAUCUCCGAAAUAAAUGUAAUACAAGUCGA